AAAAUGGAAAAUAUCGGACCGAAAACCACCAUUUAAUUUUUGGGCUGAAAGAAGGCUUUAAAAAGUUACCUAUAAAAUGGCGUAUAUAGUAUGUUUUCGAAUGAAUUCUUGAAACCAAAAUGUGGUGUAGUUUUCCGUGAAUGUACGGCCGUUUUUUGCGUUGUCUUUCAAGCAACGUUCGGGCGUUGUCGCCGAAGAACACGACACGAAAUUCUGCUGUAAACACACACGUGGGCAUUCGUUGCAGGUUGCUGGCAAGCAUGGCAGAUGCUGAAACGGCAGAAGGGAAACUGAGCAAAAAGUUAGUAUUUUUAAUUGUAUAUUUAUUGCAUUUAUGUGUUAGAUUUGUGGUGGAAUGUGUUUCGAACUUAGGUACGGUUUAACUUUUGUUUUUAAUACAGCGAACAGAAGAGGCGAUUGAAAGCCGAGAAAAAAGCAAAAGAUAAAGAGGCGAAACUAGCAGAAUUACAAAAAGUAAAUAAAUGUCGUUUUAUAGUCUGGUUGUUUUACAUAUUUGGGAAAUGGUUUACUUUUAUGAUGAUUUCUAUGGGUGAGCGUAGUUAAGAAACCAAGCAACCAUUUAUGAUUUGAGAAAUAUUCAAGUUAAUAUAUAUUCAUGGUGGUUUUUUAUAUCUGGUCAUUCUGGUGGACUGUGAUGGUUUUGUUGUGGUUGUGUGUAGAUAUAAAUAAUUAGAUUUUCAGACAUUUUAUGCCAGAGAUGAAUAUGUGUAAGUGUCAACACAACAUCCACACAAAUUAGCAACAGUCGCACAAUUUCUGACGGAAAAAAAUAUAUACCUAUAAGGGCUAUGGAAUUAAGGUAUAAGUUUACUGUCACCUAAAUUUUCAAAAGUUGAUGCGGCUUUUCCCCAUCAUUAUUCAUUUUAAAGGCGUCAAAUUCAACAAGUUUUGACCAAAUAUUCGUAAUAAUUUUUGAUGACUCUUGCGCAUUUAGCGAACACUCUAGUCCGUCGUUGGCUACGCUUCGUAAGUAUAAAAUACAGACCGUAUUCUUACAAAAUUUCAACAGAAAUCAAAUUUAUAAAGCACUUUGUAUAAAAGUAAGAAAAAAUAAUGAAAUAAUGAAAAUUUUCACACAGCUUAUGAUGACCUGGGUGGGUGACAGUAAACUGAUACCCCAACUCCAUCAGCCUGACAAACAUACCAUCUUGGUUUUAGCAGAGUAUAAGGACAGUGUAAAGGCCUGUCUAUAUGAUACGAUUAGUCAUAUAGAAUUCUUAUUCUGGCAUAUGUAUUAGAAUAAACAUAACAUGAAGAAAUUUUGAAAAAAACUAAAUGAAGAGAAACGUUUGGUGUGUGUGUCGGUGUGAAGAGAAAUUGUUGCAUUAGCCGCAUAUAGAAAUUGUUGCAUCAGCCGCGGAAUGACAAUCUUGUAUGAUUAAUCCUAUCAUGUAGACAUGUGAAUUUGGUGGCUGGCAAUGAGAACAACAUAUUCGCAAUGGAUACAGUACAUAAUCAUCUGCCUUGAUUUCAAGCUAUUUUUUGGGUGCAGAAUAACAAAUUUGGGAAGUGUUUAUUAUCAGAUAAACUACUGUAUAGUAGCUGCAGGUUGUAGAUUGUUAAGAAGUCUUAUGUAUUUUUUUUUCAGCCAGAAGAGGUUGACACAAAAGGAAAGAAAAUUAAUGAAUUAGAUGAAACAUUAGACCCAAAUGUACGAAUUGUAUUUUUGUUUACAUUUGAGAAUUGAUCUGUUGGAUAUUGUGGUACAUACAAAGCUAAAUUCCACGUAAAUGAUAUCCUGGUGGUGUGUCCAUACUUGUCUUGUACCAGACCAAACAACUGUAUGGCACUGCCAAAGUGAAAGAUAAAGUUGUUAGCUUUUCCAUGUAAAUGAUAUCCUGGUGGUGUGUUCAUACAACCAUACUUGUCUUGCACCAGAACAAACAACUGUAUGGCACUGCCAAAGAGAAAGAGAAAGUUGUUACUAGCUACUCUCACAGACCUUGCAUUCACAAAAUAAUCAGAUAUUAUUAGCCUCAACAAUACAAUAAUUUAGUACAUAUUCAACUAAGGGAGGAGUCAAAAAUUGAGUACGGUAAAAAAUUUUGCAUUUCUUGUGUCUGCCUAGAUUGUUAAAUGAUGUUAUUUCUAAUUUGUUCUUUAUAUAUGGGAGGGAUGGGGUUUAAUUUUCCAAACUUUUUGCAUACAUUCAGUAGUAAAUGGAUACUUCCAAAUCCUUUUAGAGAGUGUACCAAAAGCAAACAUACCAAUGCACCAGACUUGACAAGGAACAAACUUUAUUGUUUGUUAAAGGGGAAGUGUUGAACAUUAGUUGGUUAAUCCACCCACACCUCUUGCUAACACAGAAAGCUGAAAUGUGCCCAUACAGUAUGCAGUAAUCUUAGUUAUUAAUUCAUCAAUAUUAAAUCAGCAAUUUCCAUGACUGGCUCAUGUCUAAAUGUACAUUUUAUUAUAAUAAAAGUUUUUUACAAUUCAUUCAAUAAAAUGUUGCUUUUUAACUUAGAAAUAUUUUGAAAUCCGAAGUAAUGCUGUCGCCAACUUGAAACAAAGUAGUACAUUGCCCUAUCCGCACAAGUUUCAUGUUUCUAUAUCGUUGCAAGAAUUUAUUGAGAAAUAUGGUGAUUGUGAAGAGGGAAAAUGGCUGGAAGAUGUUGUUUCUGUUGCUGGUACGUGUGUGGUAAUGGGUAAUUCCAGAAAACAUCCAUACCACCCCAACAGAGGAAAUUGGAAGUUAACCCAAUACCCCCUUCGGAUGUCCUAAUACAUUUACUAUUAUCAGAAACAAUUUUGUCUCCCUUCCCCCUCCGGACGGCAAAAAUUUCCUCUGUGGGGGGAGUAUGGAUCUUUUCUGGAACGACCCAAUCCUAUCACAAAGUUUGUUAAAUUAAGUAAGGCAUGCAGCAGACUUUCCAAAUAUAAGUUUCUGAACAUGAUACAGGUGUAUCGGAAAUUAUUAUAAUACAGUAAAUCCUGCUUGGGUCAUAAUGCGUCAUUCCAGAAAACAUCCAUAUGCCCACCAUGCAGAAAAUUGGAAGCUAACACACUACCCACUUCAAACAUUCUACAGUGGUUGAUUUUUACUAUUUUUGAUAUCAGAAGUUCAUCCCCCCCCCCUCCUUUCCAGAUGGCCAAAAUUUUCUUUGUGGUGGGAGUGUGGAUCUUGUCUGGAACAACUGUGGCAAUGAAUAAAAAUGUUUUAAAGACCUGUUUGCAUUUUAUCAAUGGCAUGUUUUAUCAGUAACAUGGUCAUUUUGCAACAGGUCAACACUAAAAAACCCAGCAAAUAGAACAAAUGAAUCUGAUAUAGUGGUGAGUUUGUGGGACAAGCUGGUGACAUUCAAUCAAAAGUAAUUACAUGUACAAAACAAUUUCGAAAUUUAGAUGUUUCGGGUAGUUAAAUCUUUCAAUCAACAUCUUGAAUAUUUUCAAUUGUACCUAGAUCGAAAUGAUUUGCAGAUUGCAAUAUGUUUAUUUUUAGGCAGAGUCCAUGCUAAACGAUUGCAGGGACCAAAACUAAUAUUUUAUGACCUGCGUGGAGAAGGAACAAAAUUACAAAUUAUGGCAGAUGCAAGGUAAAAUUCAUCCCUAACCCAAUGGGUGCCGCCACUUUCCCCUUGAUGAGUAAAAUCAUUUGGCAAAAGACAGAGUAAAUACAGUAUAAAGUAGGGUGGAAUGUAGGGUGAGGUAAACCGUAAAAAAAUGAUGUUUUUUGAAAACCGAAAUACUCGAUGUUACUUUUGGAGAAAAACAGGAAAAAAUGAAGAAAAAAAACUGUAUAAAAUCAUACUGUACUAAAAUCAAAGUAUACUUACACAAGUUUAUUGCAAAUUAAUUAAGUUUUGGCAUUUACACAUUUGAUUGAAAUUUAUUCAAAAUACCUUACAUUUAAUAUCUUGCAUGAGUACUGAGUAGCGUGUUGUGUCUUUUUUACUGUAGUUUCAAUUUUCGAACAUAUUUUUUAAAAUACCCAGUUCACUUGGUUUUUUCAGGUUUUUUUGGUCGGUUUUCGGUUUUUUGUAGAAACCUCCUCAUGCUAGUGGAAUGCACUUUAGUUAAUACAAUACAAGUUGUGUAAUUUGUAUAUACAGACAUCAAAAUAGAAGAUUCUUCCUGCUUCUACUUGUGUACUCUCUGGUUUGAUUGUUUAUUGUAUUGAGACAUUUUUUGAGUCUAUAAUAAAACAAUCAUUGGAUUUGGCUUGUGCAUGAUAUGAAUGGUUUGGACCUUGGUCAAUCAUAUCUGCCCCGGUUUGCUUUGGCAAAUAACAAUGAAAUUCAUCCAAUGAUAAUUGUUUAUUUUUAGGGUAUCUGAACAAGAUUUUGCAGACAUUCAUAACAAUCUAAGAAGGGGUGAUAUUAUAGGAGUCAAAGGGAAACCAGGUAUACCUCUUUACACUACUACUACCAAUAAAAAUUACACUAAUAAUUUCACUGGAUAUGCAGCCCUCGAAAACGAGGUUGGCAUUCGGCAAUGCUGACCUAUCAAACUGUUAAAGAGUCAGUGAUUAUAGAAUUUGAUUUGUAGUUCGAUUAACUAAACACCCUUUGGCGUAAGGUUUAAAAAUUGAUGGGUAUUCUAUAAUAAUUUAGGUAACACAAUGGUUUAGAAUAGCGGUUGUGUUACUGUAGUUUGUGUUUCCGUGGAAAAAGGCAUGCUUUACAUUCCAAUUUCAAUGAUUCACUAAUAUGUGAUUACUAGUGUUCCAAAACAUGGAAACAGAUUUUUAAAAAUACCGAGAGAUGCCGACCUAGGUCAGAUUUAAACCUCAAUUUUGAUGGUUUCCGAGGGCUAGGUAUGAAACUGGGACCAAAGGACAUUUUUUGUCAGGUUUUGUUAGUGAUUCCAGCCCUGUGUCAAGUGGCCCAUGGUAAUGCACUAUGUAGAAACUGGUAAUACUACUGAAACAAAAUCUUGCCGACUUUUCAGGUAAAACAAAGAAAGGAGAACUGAGUAUCAUGCCGUUCUCAGUAACAUUGUUAUCACCUUGUCUGCAUAUGUUGCCUCAUCUUCACUAUGGACUCAAAGACAAGGUUACUGCUUCACAUUUUUAUGUUUCAAAGUGAAAUCAAACCAUUGUUUGCACAACUUUUUUUUACUCACUGCUGCUGAGUCAUAACAUUUUGUUUCCAUCUUGUUUUGGUAGGAAACAAGAUUUCGUCAAAGAUACCUGGACCUUAUUUUGAAUGAACAUGUUCGGGAUAAAUUUAUCACACGAGCAAAAAUAAUCAAUUAUGUUAGGAAAUUUUUGGACAAUUUAGGAUUUUUAGAGGUAGGGUUAUCCAAAGUAAGUUGAUACAGAUGCAAUAGAUAUCAUAUCCGGCCAGAUACAAAGACCAUCUUGGUAUCAGGUGGGAUACCAGCCAGAUAGCAAGAUGCUCUAUCUGUUAAAUUAUUUUGUUAAUUAAAUUAUUAUUUAUUGUUGAUAUUUUAGAUAGAGACCCCAAUGAUGAACAUGAUUGCAGGUGGAGCUACAGCCAAACCUUUUAUAACUCAUCAUAAUGAUUUAAAUAUGGAUCUUUAUAUGAGAGUUGCUCCAGAAUUGUAUCAUAAGGUAACCCAAUGAGAGUAUAUUACAAAACAUUUUUUUAUUAUAUUUUAUUUUAUUGUUGAAAUAUAUAUAUAGUUCUAACCCAUUAAGCGUCAGCGCUCUAAAAAUAAUAAAUUAGGGCGCAAUGUGACUCAUUGGGUUAACUAGACACAUGGGCAGAUAGCCAGUUAGCCCAUUAGGCGCCCGUGCUCUUCCCUUAACUAUUAAAAUCAUCUGGCGUUAGACAGAGUAAAAUAAUAAAGUAGGGCGAAUCAGAGCGCAAUGCGACUCAAUGGGUUAAUUCCAAUGUACAGUACCACCGGGCCUUGGUACUUACAGUGAAAUUUUUAAUUUUCAAUCUGUCAAAGAUUUACCAGUAUGUAUAUAGAAUUAUAGUUACUAAUUCUUUAAUAAUAUACCUUACCAUCUGGGCAAGUUUCCUGCUUACUCAUGCAGGAUAAACUAUAUCUGGUAAGGUGAGAUAAAUUCCCAAGUUAAUCCCAGAUUCACAAUUUCCAACUUGUGAUAUCUGUUUCAUGCCUUGGGAACAUUUUAUUACAAUGUACCUCUAUGUAGAUAAAAGUUACUCAAAUAGUUUACAGUAUUUAGAAUUUUAUAUUCCUAUUGCUAUAAGGAAUGAAGGGUUUUGCAUGCUAAAAUGCUAAAUUAAUUUCUGAUAUCUCAGGUCUCCAUUUCUUUGUAGAUGUGUACAGUUGGUGGUUUAGAUAGAGUGUAUGAGAUUGGACGUCAGUUCAGAAAUGAGGGUAAGUGAUCGUGAGUUUGAAUUAAAGAAGGAAAAUUGGAAUUGUCCAAAAAUUCUGGAUGCAACUACAUUUCUAUGCCUAUUAUUGCUAAAAUUUCAAACUGUUAGCUAAUUUUAGGACAAUAGACCUUAUGUAUAAUGACGUUACGUCGUUGAAUUUUCCUAGGUAUCAAGCCUUGUGACAUCAUGCAUAAGGUCUAUUUCCCACAGAUCAAUCAGAUGUCACCUUUUCAAAAUUGUCCAUUUCACGAGUCACAACAGUAGGAGUGUAAUAAGUUCUUUGAGGAGAAAGAAUAAGUAGGAGUGUAAUAAGUUCUUUGAGUUCUUUGUUCUUUUUUUCUUCUUAGUAGGAGUGUAGUUGCAUUCUUGAAUUUUUGAUAUGGGAAACAUUCCACUUUUUGGGUGCAAGGAAGUGUCAUUGAGUGUCCUUGCAAAUUUCAAGCAAAGAAUUUGGGAAAUGAUGAAAAUAUCCAUCAACCAUCUUUCGGGACUGAGUAUAAUGAUGAUAUCAAACUCUGAUCCUACUGUAGUUCUCUGCUAUUGAAAUGCAGGCACUUGAUAAGAGAAACAUCAUAUAUUGAAAAUCACUAUGGUUUAGAAAUCUAUCCUAUACAAUGAAUAAUAAAAAAAAUAUGUAUUCUUGUGUUCAGGCAUUGACCUUACCCACAACCCAGAGUUUACGACAUGUGAAUUCUACAUGGCAUAUGCUGACUAUAAGGAUCUUAUGGAUCUUACUGAGACAAUGAUAUCAGGCAUGGUGAAACACAUUACUGGUAGUUACAAGAUCAAAUACCAUUCUAACCAGACAGACACAGAGAAAGGUGAACCGAUGGAGGUUGAUUUUACACCACCGUUUAAAAGAGUUUCCAUGAUUUCCGAACUGGAAAAAAUAUUAAAGGUGACGAUACCAUCACCAACAACGUUUGGCACUCAAGGUAAGAUUAUCUGAUGAUCUGAAAAUGAUUGGAAAAGACAUGGUCAUUUAUUCCAGUUGCCAUCAAACAUAUAUUUCAGAUAACUGGAUAGUUAGUUUACCUUACCACCUGGGCAAGUUUCUCUGUCAUUUCCUUACAGAGUAAGCUAUAUCUGGUAAGGUUAGAUUAAUUUAAAACCCAAGUUAAUCACAGGUCCACUUUGUAAUAAAUAGUGGAAUCUGUUUCAUGCCUUGGGUACAUUUCAAUUAAUUACUGCAUUCAUUUAAUCAGUUCCAGAAAAUCCAUUCACUAAAUUUGAUAUUUAUAAUUUUUUAUCUUUGUUCCAGAGGCGCGCAAGUUCUUUGAUGAUUUGUGUGUAAAACAUGAAGUAGAUUGUCCUGCUCCAAGAACAGUGGCUCGUCUUUUAGACAAGGUUUGUUGAAUUAUUGAUCUAGACAAACACCACUACAUUUGUAGUAGAUGUACAACAUGUUCGAUGGGCGUAAGGACUUGUAAGGCACCAUGUUCAACUGGGCAUGGUAUGAACCCUUAAAGUGGCAGGAAAAUGACGAAAUCCAAAUUAUUAUACCAUCUUUCGGGACUGAUGAAUAAUGAUGAUGUCAUAAUCUGAUUCUUGUCACUCUGCUUGCCAAAAAAGCUAGGUCAGGGAGUUAUUUUUAUUUAGCUAAGUCGCCUAUUUUUCUCACCAGCUUGUUGGAGAAUAUUUGGAAAGUCAGGCUGUUAAUCCGACAUUUAUUAUUGAACAUCCAGAGAUUAUGAGUCCACUGUCCAAAUGGUAAGUGGUAGCACUUUUUCAAAGCUCAGACACAAACUUAUAUUUUGGAUGUUUUUGAUGCACACAAUUAUUUUACAUAAUUUUUAUAUUUUAUUAAAUUAAUAAGUAACAGUAUGGUUUCUUGUACAAUUUGGAAAAAAACAUACACUUGUGAGUUUUACAUACACUUACUUGUGCAUGUUUUUUUCCAAAUUCCAUACUGUACACAAAUCACAAUGAAUAAAUAUAGUACCUUUUACCCUAGCCAGCACAUUCAGGACGGGUUGUGGUCUAGUGAGCUUAUCAAGUCACGCUUAAUAUUUUUCUUCAGGCACAGAUCCAUUCCUGGUUUAACUGAAAGAUUUGAACUGUUUGUGUGCACAAAGGAAAUCUGUAAUGCUUACACAGAGUUAAAUGAUCCUGUCGUUCAACGAGAACGCUUCCAACAGCAAGCUGCGGUAAGGCAACAACGUUUCGUUAAUAUUAAUAGACACCGUGAUGACAGUAGGAAUUUUGCAUGGGUAAAUUCUUACGCCCGUGUUCUAAAAGCUCACUCACACUCGCACUCAUUGAGUGGAACUGAGUACAAUCUGAGCUUCUCUCGAGUGUCAGUGCCCACCAGGCACACGACGUUGUUUCAACGUUGAAAUUUGGUAGAAAAAAGGUUGCGACGUCGACAACCUAAUAUCUACGUUGCUCUGACGUUGUUUUAAAAACAUUGGUUCAACAGCAGCCAACAGACGUUGAAUCAACGUUCAUUCACCCUAUUUUUCAGACAACUUUUCCUGGAAAAAAGUAUCCAGUUUGGAUAAUACACAGAGGUAAUAAUUAAAUAAUCUAUUUAAAUAUCCAAUUUCUCAGGAUAAAGCUGCAGGAGAUGACGAAGCUCAGAUGGUAGAUGAAAAUUUCUGCACAGCUCUUGAAUAUGGUCUUCCUCCCACGGCUGGCUGGGGACUGGGGAUUGAUCGUCUUUGUAUGUUCCUCACCGACUCUAAUAAUAUCAAGGUAAAUAUGUUAUUGUGUAGGAAACAUUAAAAUCACUAGUUCUGCUGUAGUAAAUUGCUCUCUCUCUCUUGAGGGAUUCAUAUAUUGUACACACCAUUAAACAGUACAGUACCUUGUGAUCACUUCUGAACUUCAGAGAUAUUUUAUAAAUAUAAAUUUAAAUUAGCAUUUUUGCCACCAACAUUAAUAGCUUGUUAACUUUAUUGUAACUUUUCUUGUUUUCCCUUGGCAUCAGAGUUGAGAAAACUUUAUUGUAACUUUUCUUGUUUUCCCUUGGCAUCAGAGUUGAGAAAACGUUGCCUGCCAGUUUCCUCUCAUCACCUGUCACCCUUGUUUGAAUGCAGUGCAAUUCAAAUCUGAACCUAAUAGAUGUUGUAAUAAGAAAUAACAUUGUCUUGUAGGAGGUGUUGCUAUUCCCAGCUAUGAAACCUGAUGAUAAGAAAUCCAGAGAAGAAGAAGCAGAAGGAACAAGCUAGGCAUCAUCAAGAACUGUUAGUUUAAGCAUACAUAUCUGAACUGAUUUUAUUAUGAACAAUAAUCAAGAAAUAAACUAUUCUCCGUUUGAUAGUCAGGGAUUUAUGAUGCAAGCAGUUGUUCAAAAGGAGUAGCGUUAACCUUAGGUAAAACUAGUUGUUUUGGUCUGGUUACAUCUGCAAAUCCGUUUACUUCCAAAUUUUAAGACUUAAUAUGUUGUUGGUACAUCAUCAUCCAAUAUUGUUGGCUUGGCUUGAACACCAUGUUGGCAUUGUUGGGUAAUGAUGGCGGUUGAUAUUGAAUUGAGUUUGAAUUUGAAAUUUUCAUUUAAUAUUCCCGUACACCCUCUCUCGACUCUCUGCUGAAAACGAAAAUUAUGAACUUUGCUAUUAACUUGAACAGCGUUUUAUACAACUAGCCUAUACCAAUGCAAAAACUCGUGAGAAAAUCUAACAAAUUCAAUUCAAGUUAUUCUAUUUUCACUUGUGCAACUCUGAAGAGCAGGAUAAAUUAUAAAAAAAACAAGAUAAAUUAUAUUUACUGUUUGUAAAUUAAAUUAAUGUGACUGAUCAUCAAUAUAAUGUCAGACUAUGUAAUGGCUUUGACACUCACAUUUAGCUGCAAAACAAAAGUUAACUUCUUAAUAUUUCCUUCAUAUUUUGCCAAUUUUCAAAAACUAAAAACUGGCAAAAAAUAGACAAAGAAAUAAAGCCUAACACCUUAAAAACUACGCCUUAAAACAUAUUGAAAAAGGCACUGUUUUGGAGUAUUUAUUGUUGUUAUUGAAAAACGACUCCAAAACCUGGGAGGGCGUCCAUUUUUAACUAUUUACUAAGUCAUUGAACCACAAGACCACUGAAACAGUGACUCGGACAUUUGACUCGGAUUAGGAUUUGACUCGGUUAACCGACAAACUCGUACAUUGCCUGAUAAAGUUAUUUUUAUACUUUGUUAAUGCAAUACUAGAUUAUAUUAAAUAUAUGCAACAAAGGCUUGAG